AGAUGAUAUACUGAGAUGCGAUAUCUGCUAAGGAGAUGUUUCGUGUUUUCGAGAAUAAUAAUUCCACUGAGCGUCGCUCAGUUCACAACGGUGUCCUCAUAACUCAUGACGAUCUAUCUGACAGUUGUGGGUUCAUCACGUGGUUUCAUUUUAUUGACCUUUACAUUUAGAUAGUCUUUCACGUAAAGUACCAUCGUUGUAUGUGAAACCACUUGCGCCGGAUAAGCCAAUCGAUCUUCCUCAGUCAGGAGUGUCACAUGAUGAUCGCCGUCUUCCACUGCCGGAGAAGAAUGCCAAAAUAUCUCUUGGGUCGUUGCCUCCAGCCGUUCCAACACGAGCACAAACUCCAGUCAGUUUGGAAAAGAGGUCUGGCCGAACAUUCACUACUGAGUUUGACUCCCACCGGAAUGGGACUCUGUGUCCUUCUCUUGCGAAAAUCAACAGGAGUUCGUUUCAGCGAAACACAUCUGCCCGUCGGUCUUUGAGUGGCAUGGCUUCGUCAGCCCCAUGGUUAGACUCAAACGAAUUGUCAGAAAUCUCUCCCACUCAUCUCUCACCGCAUCACCCGUCAGUUGAAUUACAGUCGUGUACAUUAAACAGUGGAUCACAAUCGAACUUGGAUUUCUCCCCUCUGCUUCAGAUACGAGUCGUUCAGCUUCCAAGUUUGGAUGAUCUUGGAUUCGCACUUGACUCAUAUUCCGAUCCGAAUUCAGGUCAUUUUGUGGGGCUUCGACUAUGCGACCGCUUCCGAAGUCGCCAAUUCUACUUCGAAUCUCGGGAGAACUGUCCUUUUCGGGUGGGCGAUAUUAUUGUCACUAUCAAUCAGCACAAACUGGCCAACAUGCAUGAAUCUCAAGCCAUUCGUUAUGUAUACAACGCAUUUCGGGAUGCGCGACAAUAUACUGUCGAGUUUGGCGUGUUCCGUCCACCAAACCAUUUCGAAGAUUCUCCUGAUCCUGCGGUUAGAAAAAUCUAUGAACCCUCUACCCUCCCAGUCCGUUCUUCACACUCAAAACGGUCGUCUGCCGUGUUCCUUCCAUCCGCAUCCGUCGCGGAGUCUGCCAUGGAGCGACACCAACCACGUCGCAAACCGUCUUCCUCCAUACCUACCCAUUCUCCGUACAUUCUCGACGUACAUGGUGGUCGUACUGAAUUGAGCCACAAGUCUACGGAGUCCGUCGGCCAAUCUUCCAAUUCCCAACCAAGGACGCUAUCCAUAAGUAGUCCGGUGCUUCCUAAACCAGAGAUCAAUUUCACUAAAGACAAUGACUUCACAGUGCACCGGCAAUUGUCUCGUUCCAUAGCCGAUCAGGACCAAGUCUCUGGCAUACCAAAUCUCCAAGGCGCAACAUCUGCGGAAACUGGUACUGCGGACUCUUUUGAGUCACAUCAGAGGACUUUCAGUGGGCGCACGGCCAAAGAUGUCAAUGCAUUUAAUACGCGUACCAUAGGUCAAAAAAUUUCUAUCGACCUUGUCAAACUGGCCAAGGGUGGACUGGGAUUCACCCUAACCAGCAGGGAUACAAAAGUCAGUCCUCAGGCCAAUGAACCAGUAUACGUGAAGAAGAUCCUUUCCACGGGUGCGGCUAUCACUGAUGGUCGCUUACUGAUAGGGGAUCGCCUUCUGACAGUGAACGGGGUAGAGGUGGAGAACUUGGAGGACGCCAUAUCUCACUUACGCUCGAUUCCCCCAGGUCGCACAGUCGAGUUGGUUGUUUCAAGACAAGCCACAAUUGCUGGUGAAAGUAGGUCUUCGGAUCGCAGAUCCACUCGAAUUAGUUCGGCUACUGGAGUGGCGUCACCCUGUCGUCCGUUCCGCUCACUCACUUUCGAGUUUUAUCUUCCGUCGUUGGAGGAAUCGAGAGGUGAACCGCCGCAACUUGGUGUUAAUUUUAAGUGGGCUUUACAUCCUCCAGGCUGCGACCCAUCUUAUGCUGAAAGCCCAGGUCUCUAUGUUGACAGUGUUCUUCCCGAUGGUCUGAUAACACAGUAUGGACGCAAAACUCUCCUACCCGGAGAUAAACUUGUCGGAUUAAACGGUGAAAACUUGGAAGGCGAGAGUGGCAAGAUAAUUGCCUCCCGAAUCAAGCAAGUGCUAUCCGGUGCCACAUUGGAACUUCCAUCACCCCAUGUUGAGGGUCGAAAUACUCACCGGAGAUUCAGUCUGACGAUUCAUCGGUACAACGGACUAGAUCGUGUCUCUUCGAGCUCUCGGUCACCGCACAAAUCGUCCACCGUUUUUGAAGAACCAGAGGAUGAGUCGAGUGCGAUUCACUCAAGUACAAUCCACUGGUCCGAUACGCGGCGUCGCCGAAUUUCGAGAGCCGAACAUGGUCCAGAGUAUUCAGGAGGAUCAGAUAAGACACGAUAUCCAUCAACCCCUCCAAGAUUGCUUGAAAAUCCUCAUUUCCAACGCGAAGGCCUCGGACGUCGAAGUGUCUCUGAAAAACGCCAUGCUCAUGUUGACGCCACACAGUUUUCUUUCUUCCAGACAAACAUCUUGCCUAAUCGAUACAAAAUGCCUGAAGAAGUUGACAAGCAAUAUUCCACAAUGCCUACUGCACGAAGGCUGAAACUCUACAAGGAACGAAUGGCUGCAGCGGCCGCUGCUGUUGGUAGUGGUCCAGUGAAAGCCAUGUACGCACCGGAAGCGCCCGAAGAAGAUUUGGCUCUGGCACUUCCGCCAAAAUCCAAAGCUGACAAGAAAUCCUCUUCUCACCGAGACCACGUUCGAACAGAUCUCGAACCGAAUCAAAACCACUUUCGUCGAGGAAGGAAACAGAAUAACAGCUUUCGAAACGCAGUUGACCGUUCUCUAACCCUUUGCUCUCCGCCUAAUCCCCCUACCCCACAACUGUCCCAACUGGCCAAUAAAUCUAACGUUGAUACACACCGCCACGCUCCUGGUUGUUCGGAUAAACGUCAGUCAUUUCCUUCCCCUCGCACAGACGCUAUCACACAUCAAGAAGCAUCCCCUCAGCAUCGAGGCAUCCCCAAUCCUAUUCUGUCCCCAGGAGCGGACGAUACGCCACCAGUACCAACACGACGUUCUGCAAACUUUCCUGUGAAUUCCACUGAGAUCCGUAAACCGAAUAAAAGAUCUUUCGGUAGUUUCAAGGGUUUAUUCAGGCGUUCGGGUAAGCGGAACUCCCACGUCAGUCCAUCCACCCAAGUAAACUCGCCCACUACCCCCGUAUCUGUCUCGAAUUCUGUGCCGCGCAGGCUUUCUGUUCCGGAACCGCACGUGUUCGUUAAAGAUGAUCGUCUACUCGAGAAAAAUCACCCUUCACCAAAGAAUCCACCACCUCAUUAUGUCAAACAACGCCCACACACUGUCCUAGACGUUGACCGUCCGGUUACACACAAGAAUACAAACCAAGUCACUGAUAGCGACAAGCACCGGGGUCGACAUUCUCGAGCUCGACAGGUCGCUGAAUCGCCUGUUACCCCGGAAUCCAAUGGUCAUCCACCCUAUAUCACCGACCUUAUGCAGAAGGUGGCUGAGUGGCGUGAAAACAUAUAUAUCCCUCCCCAGCCCGCUCCUCCCGUACCGCCCCGUGCCCGUCGUAACAGUCAACCCCAGAAGAAAGUCAGAUCACCCAAACAGCUAACCAGUCAUGUUUCUCCUCACGCACCCAUCUACCAAUCAGAAACACUGCAUCCACAAUUCCCAACUACAAACAUUCCCUCUGGCGUACGAGUUUCUCGCUCUUCAUCCAAGCAGUCUACCCCACACCCUCGAGAUCAUUCCCCUGUUUAUGUACCCAAACAACCCAACCGGCCUGCAUCAGCUGUUACUGUCCGAUCUCCAAUCAAAUCCAACGGUUCUGGUCAGUUACAGACUGGUGCCUCUGUGCAUCCUCGUCUGGCGCACCAUCCUCCCACCACAUCAGCUAUACACAAGUCUUCUUCAAGGCGAGAUAAUGUGCAAAGAAUUUAUGCAAACAGUGGAACAAACCGUGCCGUCAUUCAGCUCGCGGAAACACACCAACCAACAUCCCGCGAGGCUUUGUACACAAACGGCCAAACCCACCCAUUGCCUACCAUGAUGAUUUCAACAUCAAGUCGCGCCGUUCCAACAGCUUACAAAGUUCAGGCUCGAAAAACUGGUCCGGCAAUCCAGCAUCGUCGUGCUCCUUCUCUUCGGUACUUGGGUAGGAGACAUUGUCUUAACCCCACAUCAGCCUACAACAUGCCUGGAUCUCCAAUCAACCCAGUCUCACCCGGUCACUCCAACUUUUCCAACGUCGUCAUAUCACUUGUGUAACAGCAGGGGACCUAUUUUCAGCACACCCAUUGACCGCACUCUCCUUCAGUGCUUCCGUCCGAUACACUGCCUCGUAUUACACGCAUUAGUGAACUGCCGGUUGAAAAAAAAGGAUAAUACAAAUCAGGAUUACCAUUAUUCUUUGUUUUAUGCUCAGCUUCCUACAAUGGAUUUAUCACUUCGACCACCAGAGCUUUUUUACACUUAAAUCAUGCUCAUUCAUUCCAGCUUACUUUUCCCGCUGUCUUGAAUACUGCCUGUUCGCUUCCAUGGAGCUCUUCCCCCGUUCCACUCAUUACAUUUCCCAUUAGUCUGUACCUUGCUGUCCAAAUGUUGCUAUCACUUAUUGACUUCCAUUCAUGCGAUCUCUCUAGUUAUCGCCCUACUGGGCUUUCCGGGUACACCAUCAUAUCUCAACUCGCUGUUAGUUGCCAAUGUAAGUUGCCCGGAAACGAUUAUGAACUCCUACAUUCCGUCCGCUCUCACUUUUGUACUUCCGAUUUAUUUCGUCUAUUUUCUAGUUGCAUUUAAUUGAAG